UGCUCUGCACAAGCAGCAGUGGAGGACAGUGAGAGGAUCUUUACUGAGCUGAUCCGCUCCAUUGAGAGAAAGUGCUCUGAGGUGAAAGAGCUGAUCAGAGCCCAGGAGAAGGCUGAAGUGAGUCGAGCUAAAGGACUACUGAAGCAACUGGACCAGGAGAUGGCUGAGCUGAGGAGGAGAGAGGCUGAGUUGGAGCAGCUCUCACACACAGAAGACAACAUCAAAUUCCUCCAGGUGAUAUCAGGGUCUCUCUGUCCCCAGCAUCAGUUGUUACUGCUGAAAGUGAAAUGUUUGUAUUUCUCAACAAUAAUCUGUUCUCUGUUUUUUAUGUCUCUGUAGAGUUUCCAGUCUCUCUGUGUCCCUCCUCGAUCUGAAGACUUACCCUGCAUCACUGUCAACCAACACGUCACCUUUCAGGAUGUAAGGGAAUCAGUCUUUGAGCUGAAAAGCCAAGUAGGAAAAAUCUGCUCUGGGGAAAUUGCCAAGAUCUCUGUAAAAGGUAGGUAACCUAGGCAACUACUGAGCCCUUUGACUUUCUGUAAUGUUUUUGAAAUUAUCAGUAUUGAAACAAUGAUAUUUCAUUUCCUAUGGUUCCAUAGUGACAAAAGUCCACAUUGUUCCACCUUCUGAGCCCCGUUGUCUUCCCUCAUUUGGCACAACUCAGUCUGGACUGUCAGUUGGAGGACUAGCAUCACAUGGGAAUGACACCACCUGUCAGAAGACAAGGCCUGAACCUAAGACCAGAGAAGAGUUAUUAGAAUGUGAGUAAAGAAUAUACCCCAGCUAGUACAUAACGCUCGGAGAACCAUAUGUUUCUUAGAGCUUUGUGAGAGCGUGGUUGUCCUAUGGUUAUUUUGCAUUCAAUCUUUCCUCAGCAUUCUGGGAAUGGUACAGGAUACCCAGCUAGCACAUAACGUUCUAAGUUCUAACAAUGUUUCUUAGGAUGGAAUUUCAGUACUUCAGCGUAAGGUUUUCUACGUUUCCUCAUUCUUAAAAAAGAAAGAAACGGUACAGGUUACCUUCAAACAAGUCCCGUGACACUUGUGGGGGUUGUAGAGCAAGUUAGUUUGUAGCCCAAAUGGUUCGGAUACUAUCAAACAGAAGUUGGCACAUCGACAUUUUACAUAAAAACCGCAAAGAAACAUUAGUAAUGUUCAAAGAACAUUCUAAGAGUGUUAUUUAAAAACAUACAUUCCGUUCUCAGCGUCAACAAAACUCUAUCCUCUAUCUUGUUAAGUGUAUUUAGGUGUGUCGGCCGCGUCCACUAAUUGGCCACACCUGAUCUUAAUGAGUGCUCGACAGCUAGCACAUUUGGUUCCUUUGAAGUUGUGGGAACAUACGUUUUUGGUUUCCCAUUGGUUCUCGAAACGAAGCCAUACGUUUCCUGACCGGUAAAACUUUACAUUUUUUAAAUGUUCUGAGAACCGAAGUGAAAUGUUGUCUGUUCUGGGAACGUAAAUUACUAGGUUGCAGGAGGUUCUGAGAAUGUUUUACUAUGGUUCCCUGAAAUUUCUCCUGGGAGGUUUUAUUAACGUUCUGAGAACAGAAAUUAUAGGUUUUUUGAAGGUAAUUAAAUAACAUUCUGAGAACAUGUUUCAAUAAGACUUUAAUAACACUGCUAGCUUAGUUUAGGUUAACUGUUUAGAACUCAAAGCACAGAUAGAACACCCUGGAAAGUAAUUUGCUUAGGCAUUAAUCAUGCAUUUAUUUUUCUAUUGUGGCAUGGCAUCAGUGAGCUUUGAACCUAUGAUCUUCUGUUCUCUAUCCAUGGAAUUAGUCCACUUCGCCACCAGGAUGGAGCUAGCGUUUAUUUAUACAAACCUGUUCAUUUUAGUCUAUUCAAACAGACCUUAUUUCAAAAUAAACAAGCACUCAUUAAGAUCAGGUGUGGCCACCCAGGUGGCAGCACGCAUCUUUGCUUGCCUGGCAGAUAUCUCAGCUUGGAUGUCGGCCCGCAACCUCAAGCUCAACCCCGACAAGACGGAGCUGCUCUUUCUCCCGGGGAAGGCUUGCCCACUCCAAGACCUCUCCAUCAUGGUUGACAACUCCACAGUGUCCCCCUCCCAGAGUGCAAAGAACAUUUGCGUGACCCUGGACAACACCAUGUUGUUCUCUGCAAACAUCAAAGCAGUGACUCGCUCCUGCUGGUUCAUGCUCUACAACAUCAGUAGAGUAUGACCCUACCUCACACAGGAAAUGGCGCAGGUCCUAAUCCAGGCACUUUUCAUCUCCCGUCUGGACUACUGCAACUCGCUAUUGGCUGGGCUCCCCGUUGUGCCAUCAAACCCCUGCAACUUAUCCAGAACACUGUAGCCCGCCUGGUGUUCAACCUUCCCAAGUUCUCCGAUGACACCCCACUCCUCCGCACACUCCACUGUUUUCCAGUUGAAGAUCGCAUCCACUACAAGACCAUGGUGCUUGCCUAUGGAGCAGCAAGAGGAACUGCCCCUCCCUACCUUCCGGCUAUGAUAAUACUAAAAACGUACGUUCACACAACUUCCAAGGAACCAAAUGUGCUAGCUGGGACUGUACAAUGCAGAUGAAUAUACUACACACACACACACACACACACACACACACCUGGAUGCACACAUACAUUUCACCUGUUUUUUUGUCUUCAUCCUCAGAUUCCUGCCAGCUCACAUUGGAUCCCAACACAGCAUUUAAAAUGCUGUGUCUGUCUGAGGGGAACAGAAAGGUGACACGGCGUUAUAAGGACCAGCUUUAUCCUGCCCAUUCAGACAGGUUUACCACCUACCCCCAGGUGUUGUGUGGAGAGGGUCUCUCUGGAGCCUGCUACUGGGAGGUAGAGUGGAGCGGAGACUGGGUUGAUAUAGCUGUCUCAUAUAAAGGGAUCAGCAGGAGAGGACCUGAUGAGGGUUUGUUUAGAAGCAGUAAACAGGCCUGGUGUUUGGAGUGUGAUGCUUCUGGUUGCUCUUUCUAUCACAAUGAUAAACAGACUGUCAUACCUGUCUGCUGUUCCACCAGAGUAGGUGUGUACCUGGACCACAGUGCAGGAGCUCUGUCUUUCUACAGCAUCUCUGACACAAUGACCCUCCUCUGCAGAGUCCAAACCACUUUCACUCAGCCCCUCUAUCCUGGGUUCACAGUCUCUAGAACUGUGAAUAUACUGAAACAACCAAGAUUAUUAUAGUAAACUAAAACUGAAACGAAAAUGAAAACAAAUCUUGAAAAAACAAUUUAGUCAACUGAAAUAAAAUAACUAACAACCCUGUUUGAAAAACUAAAACUAUACUGAAACUAUUAUCUUUGACUCCAAAAUGAACUAAAAUAAAAUAAAACCAUUAUGAACUAUGUUCAGUUUUAGUUUAUUUUUCAAAACUUUGGGCAAAUAUCUAAUGGGAUUUUCAACUGGGUUUUCAAGCUUUUAGGGAGUUUUCAAGCUACUGAAUCUGGUGGGUAAAUGCUACCAGGAGAAGCCGAUGUUUCAAAUAGGGCUAGCUUGUGGAUCACUAUCACAAGGGACGGACUUAGUGAUUUGGAGGCCACAGGCAGAUGCCAGUCUGAACCCGCCCUCCCCCUUGAACGAAGCAGAAUGAAAAGGCUAACUGAAAACCCUUGAAAUGCCCUUCAUUAGUAAAGGUCUUUGCAUCACCACCUAGAGCGGUGGGCAAUCAUUUUGUCUCGAGGUGCACAUCUGGAUAAAAAAAUUCAACGGAGGGCCGCACAGACUUUUUUUGGGACCAAUUUGUUUGUCAAAAGCAAUUUGCGGCCCAGAAAAAGGGUAGUUAUUUGAAAAUGGGAACAUUAUAGUUUCUACAUACUUUCUAUCUGGUUUUAGUUACAGUGCCUUCAUCUUCUAACUAACCCGUUUGACAGGAUCAGCUGAGCAAGGCACUGUACAGAAUCACUGAUCUACAAAUCAUAUUCCUACCCAUAUAACUACUCAUUAUGUUCUCGCAGCACCUUGCUCAGACCUAUCCCCUGGAACACACUGUAAGUCUAUGACCAUGGAGGAUUGCCACUGUUGCCAAGUGAAAUGGGAACCCAGGACUCCAGUUCACAUAAUCCAGGUCUCCCCCUGAUCUCCCAUUAUACUGCCUACAGACUUUGUUCUCCUGAAUCGUCACUUUAAUCUUCCUCAAUAAAUCUGGUUAUAACUAUGUACUUGGAGGUGUGGUGGUCUGUAUCUAGUGAAUUGUCAUUUGGGGAGUAUAGAGUGUUGCAAGGCACACAUACUAUAAAUAAAACUUCCUUAACCACCUCUGUCCAAUCACAACCCUCUUCCUGGUCUCUGUCCAACACAACACUGUGUACAGGAAAAGAGUACACACACACAUACAACCAGACCAGGAAUGUUCCCACUCAAAAGCACAAACAAUUCCAGAGAAACGAAAGUAGUGUCAAUCGGCUCAGUCUGUUAGUGUGUGCACCACAAUGUCAGCAGCCAUGGAUUCCAUCAGUUGUUCAAUAUGUCUGGAUCUAUUGAAGGAUCCGGUGACUAUUCCCUGUGGACACAGCUACUGUAUGGGUUGCAUUAAGGACCGCUGGAAUCAGGAUGAUCUGAAGGGUGUCCUGAUCAGCUGCCCCCAGUGCAGACAGAACUUCAACACCUGGCCUGUUCUGAAGAAAACCACCAUGCUAGCAGAAUUGGUGGAGAAUCUGAAGAAGACAGGACUCCAAGCUGCUACCCCUGCUCACCAUUACGCUGGACCUGGAGAUGUGGUGUGUGAUGUCUGCACUGGGAGAAAACUAAAAGCUGUCAAGUCCUGUCUGGUGUGUCUAGCCUCUUACUGUGAGCCUCACCUCCAGCCUCACUAUGAAUCUCCUGCCUUUAAGAAGCACAAGCUGGUCAAAGCCUCCACACAACUAGAGGAGAAGAUCUGCUCUCGUCAUGACAAACUGGUGGAGAUUUACUGCCGAACCGAUCAGAAGUUUAUCUGUUAUCUGUGUACAAUGGAUGAACAUAAAGGCCACGAUACAGUCUCAGCUGAAUCAGAAAGGACUGAGAGACAGGUAAGAACAAUCUAUAAUUGCAGCUCAUUCAGAGUAUCACUGUGAAAAUACCAUUAAUUGCUGAAUAUUAGUCACUACUGUACAACAUAGCUUUGAAAAGGAAGUCAGACAACAUCCAAUAAUCUAGCUGUGCUAAUAUACACCCUCAUGUGAUGUUACCUUUACUGAGACCUGAAGAGUUGCAUUGGCUCUUUCAGCUAAUGCCUAGGCUUUGGCUUAGCGGGCUAAUGAGCUUUUCUGGCACGCAGGAGAUCUGGGAUCGAACCCGAUCGGUCGCACCCAUACAGACUCACACAGACACGUGCAUGCCUUUUCCUCCAUAAUGCAUAGACUUUGACCUAUCAUAAAGUUUGAUCUAGACUUGACCUGUCAUAAAGUUUGAUCUGUUCUCAGUAAGACAGAAUCACUUGUACAAAUGAACCAUGGAAUUACAUGUGUUUUCCUGCAGAGUCAGGUGGGGGAAAAACAACAAAAAUCCAAACAAAGAAUCCAGGAUAAAGAGAAUGAGAUGCAAGAGGUGAGACAGGCUGUGUAUUCACUCAAGGUGAGUGUUGUUGGUAAUAUACAUGUAUUUACUUAGCAGUUAGCCCUCUCAAAAAUAACUUACUUCUCCUAAACUAAACUGCAGUAAAACUGGAACCAGUGAGGAACCCAGUGCUGGGCCAUGUUCCAAUCCUAUUGAGCCCCACUGAAGGGAACAGGCUUUCUGUGGUUCUGUUGAGAGCUGAGUGAAUGGACUGGUUAAAAUACAACCCCUCCUCUCUUUCAAUUUGUCCUAACAGAGCUCUGCAGAGGCAGCAGUGAAGAACAGUGAGAGGAUCUUUACUGAACUGAUCCGCUCCAUUGAGAGAAGGCGCUCUGAGGUGAAAGAUUUGAUCAGAACCCAGGAGAAGGCUGAAGUGAGUCGAGCUGAAGGACUGCUGAAGCAACUGGACCAGGAGAUGGCUGAGCUGAGGAGGAGAGAUACUGAGCUGGAGCAGCUCUCAAACACAGAAGAUAACAUCCAAUUCCUCCAGGUGAUAUCAAUGGCUCUAUGUCCCCAGCAUCAGGUGUUACUGCUGAAAGUGACAUUUUUUACUUUCCCAGCAAUAAUAUUUUUCCUGUUUUUAUUUAAUGUAUCUGUAGAGUUUCCAGUCUCUCUGUGUCCCUCUUGGAUCUAAGGCCUUACCCAGCAUCACUUUCAAUCAACACGUCACCUUUGAGGAUAUAAGGAAAUCAAUCUCUGGGCUGAAAAGUAAAGUUGAAAAUAUCUGUUCUGGAGAAAUUGCCAACAUCUCUGUAAAAAGUAGGUAACAUAUAGUAUUAGAACAGUAUAUACGAUACAAGUUAGGGCUCGAUUCAAUCCAUAGAGCAGAUAAUCUGCGUUGUAGCGCGGAUUAUAUUUAAAGGUAAUUUCCGAUUGAGCCGACACAUGCAGCGUUUACCGUGAAUACAGUCUCCACAAACGCGGUACCAUUGCCUUUAAAGACCAAUCGCGCUACAACGCAGAUCUUCCACACUACUGAUUGAAUCGAGACCCUAAUCUGCCAUAAAGUAUGUUCAGUAGGUGAAUUUUAUGGUUGAAUGUUUGUUUUCAAUGGAGAACCUUUUUCAGUUACAUAUUCCUUUGGCUUUCUGUAACGUUUAUGUCAUGAUCAGCGUGGACAAGUGAUAUUUGAUUUCCUGUGUCUCCAUAGUGACAAAAGUCCACAUUGUUCCACCUUCUGAGCCCCGUUGUGUUCUGUCAUUUGGCACAACUCAGUCUGGACUGUCAGUUGGAGGACUAGCAUUACAUGGGAAUGACACCACCUUUCAGAAGACGAGGGCUGAACCCAAGACCAGAGAGGAGUUCUUGGAAUGUGAGUAAAGCACAUACUGUACAAUGCACUUGAAUAUACUACACACACACACACACACAAAUACACACACACCUGGAUGCACACAUACAUUUCACCUGUUGUUGUGUCUUCAUCCUCAGAUUCCUGCCAGCUCACAUUGGAUCCCAACACAGCACAUAAAAUGCUGUGUCUGUCUGAGGGGAACAGAAAGGUGACACGGAGUAAUUACGACCAGCUUUAUCCUGACCAUCCAGACAGAUUUACCAACUAUGUCCAGGUGUUGUGUAGAGAGGGUCUGUCUGGAGCCUGCUACUGGGAGGUAGAGUGGAGCGGGGUGGAGGUUUAUAUAGCUGUCUCAUAUAAAGGGAUCAGCAGGAGAGGACCUGAUGAGUGGUUUAGAAGCAGUAAUCAGGCCUGGUGUUUGGAGUGUGGUGUCUCAAGCUGCUCCUUCUAUCACAAUGAUAAACAGACUGACAUACCUGUCCCCCGCUCCACCAGAGUAGUAGGAGUGUACUUGGACCACAAGGCAGGAACUCUGUCCUUCUACAAUGUCUUUGACAAUAUGACCCUUCUCCACAGAGUCCAGACCAGUUUCACUCAGCCCCUUUAUCCUGGGUUCUAUGUCACUACGUAUCUCAAGAUACUGACACCGACACAGUGAUUAACUUGAACGAGUUACAGUCAUACAGUUAGAAUACAGAAAAGGGUCAGAAAAGGGACCGGAAAGAUCCAUAUUGUAAGGUUUUAACUUAAAAUCAUUGCAUCAAGUGGUUAAGAAAUAUUACCAAGUUUAAAUAAAUGUGUACAUAAAUUAUCCAGAUUCUAUUGUCCUUGUGUGUUGUAUAAAACUUCCGCUUCCACCAGUCAGCAUGAGCCCUCUACCAGGGAGGAACACAGGCAGGUACAAUAUGUCAUAUAAAUACCUUGUUUUUAUACAGGGGCAUGUAUUCAUGGACGCUAAGGGAAGCCAGGCUUCCCCAAAUAUUUCAAAUAAUUUAUCUUCUCUCUCUGUGUUUUAAUACAUUUCCGUAAAUUCGCAAGGGGCUGAAUCUCACCGGAGAAAUCAUCUGAGCAAGGGAAACAGUGCCCAUCUGUCUCAGUAUGUGUAGGCCAAAAGAGUAUAACAUGUUGUCACCGUAGCAUUUGAUUGAUUGAUGCCAGCAAACAUUUGGCCUUCGUUGAUAAAAAAAUAUAUAAAAAAAUUAGCCAAUCAGCGUUGCGCUGAGCUCAACUCUUGGUCGUCCUGGUGCAGUAAAACGCCCCCCAAGGGAGGGCAGUUUGGAUUUGACUUCACACCAAUCAAAUCACUUUCAAAGCAAAAUGGCAUUUUCAGAAAAUCGUGUCUGUUUCUGGUCUGCUUGUGUUGAUGUCCUGCAGUAGCUAGCUUGCUAAAUCGGCCCUUUCCUAAGCCAUGGAUGGAGAUGGGGAUUUGGAAUUGUGGUUUUGACUUAAUUCUCUGUACAGGCAAAUUAUUAUGAUCUAACCAUAAAUGAAUAGGUUGUGCCACUGACCUUUAUAGCUAGGUAGCCUAUGACAACAAAAACAAAAAGUUUACUGUAUGACAGAGCCACAGACCGUUUUGCCAACAUGAAAGAGAGGAGGAUGGCACUGGCUUUCAACUAGUCUACAAGAAGGGUGAACACACUGUCAGAAUGCGACGGUGAAAUGCGGUAGGCGAAGUCAAACGCAGGACACAGAGCUUACUGGAAACGUACUUUACUUGAAAGUAACCGGAGAAGAAAACAAUCUCCAACAAGGAGGAAAAACAACCCGCACACGAACACUGCCGAUGACGAAUACAAUAACACACAACACACAAUGAACGACAAGAGGGUUAAAUAGGGAAUACAAUACAACGUAAUGGGAAACAGGUGUACACAAUCAGGACAAAACAAGUCAAACACCGAAACAUAGAUCGGUGGCAGCUAGUACUCCGGGGACGACGAACGCCGAAGCCUGCCCGAGCAAGGAGGAGGAGCAGCCUCGGCUGAUUCCGUGACAGUACCCCCCCCCUUGACGCGCGGCCCCAGCCGUGCGCCGACCCCGGCCUCGGGGACGGCCAGGAGGACGCGGAGCAGGGCAAGUCGGAUGACUCCGGUGGAAGUCCCUCAACAUGGAGGGAUCUAGAAUGUCCCUCCUGAGGACCCAGCACCGUUCCUCCGGACCGUACCCCUCCCACUCCACGAGAUACUGCAGGCCCCCUGUCCGACGCCUCGAAUCCAAGAUGGAACGGACUGAGUACGCCGGAGCCCCCUCGAUGUCCAACGGGGGCGGAGGAGCCUCUCGUACCUCACUCUCCUGGAGUGGACCAGCCACCACCGGCCUGAGGAGAGACACAUGGAACGAGGGGUUAAUGCGGUAAUUAAUGGGCAGUUGUAACCUAUAACAUACCUCGUUCAAUCUCCUCAGGACUUUAAAGGGCCCCACAAACCGCCGACCCAGCUUCUGGCAGGGCAGGCGAAGGGGCAGGUUUCGGGUCGAGAGCCAGACCCGGUCUCCCGGUGCAUACACCGGAGCCUCACUGCGGUGGCGAUCGGCGCUCGCCUUUUGACGCCUGAUGGCCCGCUGCAGAUGGAUGUGCGCAGCGUUCCAAGUUUCUUCCGAGCGCCGAAACCACUCGUCCACCGCAGGGGCUUCGGUCUGGCUCUGAUGCCAAGGUGCCAGAACCGGCUGAUACCCUAACACACACUGGAAAGGCAUAAGGUUAGUGGACGAAUGGCGGAGGGAGUUUUGGGCUAUCUCUGCCCAGGGAAUAUAUCCCGACCACUCUUCUUGCCGGUCCUGGCAAUAUGACCUCAGAAACCUACCCACAUCCUGGUUAACUCUCUCCACCUGCCCAUUACUCUCGGGGUGAAAACCUGAGGUAAGGCUAAUCGAGACCCCCAGACGUUCCAUAAAUGCCCUCCAGACUCUAGAGGUAAACUGGGGACCCCGAUCAGACACUAUAUCCUCAGGCACCCCAUAGUGCCGGAAGACGUGUGUAAACAGGGCCUUAGCAGUUUGUAGGGCAGUAGGGAGACCAGGCAGGGGAAUGAGACGGCAGGCUUUAGAAAACCAAUCCACAACGACCAAUAUCGUAGUGUUCCCCUGGGAGGGAGGAAGGUCCGUGACAAAAUCCACCGAUAGGUGAGACCACGGCCGUUGUGGAACAGGUAGGGGUUGUAACUUCCCCCUGGGCAGGUGUCUAGGUGCCUUACACUGGGCGCACACCGAGCAGGAGGAAACAUAAACCCUCACGUCCUUAGCUAAGGUUGGCCACCAGUACUUAUCACUAAGGCAGUGCACUGUCCGACCAAUACCCGGAUGACGAGAGGAGGGUGACGUGUGAGCUCAGUAUAUCAAACGGUCGCGAACCUCGAGCGGCACGUACCUCCGACCCUCAGGGCACUGUGGAGGAGUAGGGUCGGAACGUAACGCCCGCUCGAUUUCCGCAUCCACCUCCCACACCACCGGUGCCACUAAACAAGACUCCGGGAGUAUGGGAGUGGGCUCAAUGGACCUCUCCUCUGUGUCAUAUAGUCGGGACAGGGCGUCUGCCUUAGCGUUCUGGGACCCUUGUAUAUAUGUGAGCUUAAAUACAAAGCGGGAAAGAAACAUUGACCACCUUGCCUGGCGAGGAUUCAUCCUCCUCGCUGCCCGGAUGUACUCCAGGUUACGAUGGUCAGUCAGAAUGAGAAAAGGGUGUUUAGCCCCCUCAAGCCAAUGUCUCCACACCUUCAGGGCUUGAACCACAGCCAGCAGCUCCCUAUCCCCCACGUCAUAAUUGCGCUCCGCCGGACUGAGCUUCAUAGAAUAGAAAGCACAGGGGCAGAGUUUAGCUGGCGUACCCGAGCGCUGAGACAGCACAGCACCGAUCCCAGCCUCGGAAGCGUCCACCUCCACCUGGAAUGCCAAAGAGGGAUCCGGAUGCGCCAGCACCGGAGCCGAGGCAAACAGGUCCUUCAGACGUCUAAACGCCCUGUCCGCCUCAGCUGACCACUGCAGGCGCACCGGACCCCCCCUUAGCAGAGAGGUAAUGGAAGCUGCUACCUAUCCAAAGCCCUGGAUAAACCUCCGAUAGUAAUUGGCAAAACCCAAGAAGCGCUGCACCUACUUUACCGUGGUGGGAGUCUGCCAAUUACGCACGGCAGAAACGCGGUCAAUCUCCAUCUCUACCCCUGACGCGGACAACCGAUGUCCCAGGAAGGAGAUGGACUCCUGGAAGAACAGACAUUUCUCCGCCUUCGCAUACAGGUCAUGCUCCAACAGUCUACCAAGCACUCGACGCACCAGGGACACAUGCUCGGCUCGUAUAGCGGAGUAUAUUAGAAUGUCAUCAAUAUAUACCACAACACCCUGUCCAUGCAAGUCCCGGAAAAUCUCGUCCACAAAUGAUUGGAAGACUGAAGGAGCAUUCAUUAACCCGUAUGGCAUGACGAGGUACUCAUAGUGACCCGAGGUGGUACUGAAUGCUGUCUUCCACUCAUCUCCCUCCCUAAUGCGCACCAGGUUGUACGCGCUCCUGAGAUCCAAUUUUGUGAAUAAUCGCGCCCCGUGUAAUGACUCCGUCAUACUAGCAAUCAGAGGGAGAGGAUAGCUGUAUUUGAUGGUGAUCUGAUUUAGACCACGGUAAUCAAUACACGGGCGUAAACCCCCAUCCUUCUUCUUCACAAAAAAGAAACUUGAGGACGCAGGGGAAGUAGACGGCCGUAUGUACCCCUGUCUCAAAGAUUCGGUGACGUAGGUCUCCAUAGCGGCCGUCUCCUCCUGAGACAGAGGAUACACGUGACUACAUGGAAGCGCAGCGCCUACCUGGACGUCUAUCACACAAUCCCCCUGUCGAUGAGGUGGUAAUUGAGUCGCCUUCUUCUUACUGAAGGCGAGAGCCAAAUCGGCAUACUCAGGUGGAAUGUGCAAGGUGGGAACUUGGUUCGAGCUUUCCACCGUCGUUGCCCCUACGGAAACGCCUACACACCGCCCAGUACACUGAUCAGACCAUCCCUGGAGAGCUCUCUGCUGCCAUGAAAUGUUGGGGUCAUGAGCUGUUAACCAGGGAAGCCCCAACACCACGGGAAACGCAGGAGAAUCAAUCAAAUACAACCGUACUAUCUCCUCAUGACCCUCCUGCGUUUUCAUCCGGAGAGGCGCCGUGACCUCCCUAAUCAAACCUGACCCCAACGGGCAGCUAUCUAGGGCAUGAAUGGGGAAGGGCACAUCAACAGGUACGAUAGGAAUCCCUAACUUAUAGGUGAACUGGCGAUCGAUAAAAUUCCCAGCUGCGCCUGAAUCUACUAGCGCCUUAUGCUGGGAGUGAGGAGAAACCUCGGGAAACACUACUUUAAUACACAUAUGAUCAGCAGAGAGCUCUGGGUGAGUUGGGUGCCUACUCACCUGGAAUGACUCAUCAGUGCGUCGCCCACUGCCUCGAUUCCUAGGAGACCCUCCCCAGCACCGACCAGCAGUGUGUCCUCUGCGGCCACAGUUGGUGUAGGGGACGGCCUCCCUCCUGGUCUCCCUCCUGGUCUCCCUAGCACCAGCACCCCCGAGCUCCAUAGGGGUCGGCUCGGAUGUGCUGGGGGAUGGAAUGGACGGCCCCGAAUCCGGACGUCCGCGGGUAGCCAACAGGGUAUCCAGGCGAAUCGACAUGUCCACCAGUUGGUCAAAGCUGAGGUUGGUGUCCCUGCAGGCCAAUUCCCGACGCAUGUCCUCCCUCAGGCUGCAUCUGUAGUGGUCGAUGAGGGCCCUCUCAUUCCAUCCCGUGUUGGCAGCUAGCGUCCGGAAGUCCAGCGCGAACUCCUGCGCGCUCCUCCUCCCCUGUCUAAGGUGGAAUAGACGCUCACCCGCCGCUUUACCCUCUGGGGGAUGAUCGAAUACUGCCCGGAAGCGGCGGGUGAACUCUGCAUAGCUGACCAUAGCGGUCUAUCCCACCCCAUUCGGCGUUGGCCCAUUCCAGCGCCUUGCCGGACAGACAGGAGAUGAGGGCGGACACGCUCUCGUAUCCCGAGGGUGCCGGGUGAAUGGUUGCUAGGUAGAGUUCAACCUGGAGUAGGAAACCCUGACACCCGGCCGUGGUGCCAUCAUAAGCCCUCGGGAGCGGGAGCCGAAUUCCACUGGACUCCGGAGAUGGAACGAUGGGUAUGGCUGAUGGUGGUGGUAUCGUAGGAUGAGGUGUGGGCAAACCUCCACUCUCCCAUCGCCUCAAGGUGUCCAUCACCCCUUGGAUGGUGGUGCCCAGGUGCUGGAUCAUGGCCUCUUGUUGGGUUACACGCUCCUCCAGUGCUCCCCUUGGCGCAGACGAUCCUACUGACUCCAUCGUAGGUGUGUUAUUCUGUCAGAAUGCGACGGUGAAAUGCGGUAGGCGAAGUCAAACGCAGGACACAGAGCUUACUGGAAACGUACUUUACUUGAAAGUAACCGGAGAAGAAAACAAUCUCCAACAAGGAGGAAAAACAACCCGCACACGAACACUGCCGAUGACGAAUACAAUAACACACAACACACAAUGAACGACAAGAGGGUUAAAUAGGGAAUACAAUACAACGUAAUGGGAAACAGGUGUACACAAUCAGGACAAAACAAGUCAAACACCGAAACAUAGAUCGGUGGCAGCUGUGGUCCUCUGUAGCUCAGCUGGUAGAGCACGGCGCUUGUAACGUCAAGGUAGUGGGUUCGAUCCCCAUACACAAAAAUGUAUGCACGCAUGACUGUAAGUCGCUUUGGAUAAAAGCGUCUGCUAAAUGGCAUAUUAUUAUUAUUAUUAUUAUAGUACUCCGGGGACGACGAACGGCGAAGCUUGCCCGAGCAAGGAGGAGGAGCAGGAACGGCUGAUUCCGUGACACACACACACACACACACACACACAGAAAUCAGUACCAUGGACAGCCACAUGAUAUUUAGCAACAUUGAUUGGACUAAAUUGUUUUUGAUAUCUUUAAGUUUGUUUUCAGUGUAUUGAACUAAGCAUACAUAGCCUUGUUGAUUUGAUGAUGUUUAAAUGUUUAAGUUAAAAUGGUGCUGGAAUAGCGGAGGCAGUGCUCCUGUUGUCUUUGUGCUGACUUGCGGUAACUCUGUGUUUCUAAAUCAGUAGUUGUUUAGUAAACUGUCUAAAAUAUGUACUUGCUUGACCAUGCUGCAGGUCAUAUAACUGUUUGUUACAUGCAAUACUUGCUUUGUGGGCUUCACCGGACAGAUGUUGCUCUCCGGUUUUGUGAUGAAACAAACGUAUGUGUAGUUGAAUUUAUUAUGCAACUGUGUGAAUGUUGUCUUUUUGUUGUCACGGCCUUAUUGUAUAUCACGGUAGUGUAUGAACAAAUGGGUUAUAGAGCAAACAACCCAAUCAUAACAUCAUAGGUUGUAAUAUGGCUUUUUUACUUGCUUGGCUUAGUUUCCUCAGUGAUUUUACCCACGCACUGCUACUGUCUUUAUAUCACAUAUAGUAUCACUACAUGCAAUUAUCUUAUUUUCUGAGUAUUACUAACAGUUAAUUUCAUAUUUGGACCAACUUCUCUGGGACCGUUACAAGCAUCAAAUGAUCCUAGACAGAUGGGAUUCUUAUAGAUGGAAGAAACUACUUAAUGUUGACAACCUGUAUAUGAAAUAACACAUAUGGAAUCAUGUAGUAACCAAAAAAGUGUUAAACUAAUCAAAAUGUAUGUUAUAUUUGAGAUUCUUCAAAUAGCCACCCUUUGCCUUGAUGACAGCUUUGCACACUCUUGGCAUUCUCUCAACCAGCUUCACCUGGAAUGCUUUUCCAACAGUCUUGAAGGAGUUCCCACAUAUGCUGAGCACUUGUUGGCUGCUUUUCCUUCACUCUGCGGUCUGACUCAUCCCAAACCAUCUCAAUUGGGUUGAGAUCGGGGGAUUGUGGAGGCCAGGUCAUCUGAUGCAGCACUCCAUCACUCUCCUUCUUGGUAAAAUAGCCCUUACACAGCCUGGAAGUAUGUUGGGUCAUUGUCCUGUUGAAAAACAAAUGAUAGUCCCACUAAGCCCAAACCAGAUGGGAUGGCGUAUUGCUGCAGAAUGCUGUGGUAGCCAUGCUGGUUAAGUGUGCCUUGAAUUCUAAAUAAAUCACAGACAGUGUCACCAGCAAAGCACCCCCAAACCAUAACACCUCCUCCUCCAUGCUUUACAGUGGGAACUACACAUGCGACGAUCAUCCGUUCACCACACCGCGUCUCACAAAGACCAAAAAUCUCCAAUUUGGACUCCAGACCAAAGGACAAAUUUCCACCGGUCCAUUGUUCAUGUUUCUUGGCCUAAACAGGUCUCUUCUUCUUAUUGGUGUCCUUUAGUAGUGGUUUCUUUGCAGCAAUUUGACCAUGAUGGCCUGAUUCACACAGUCCCCUCUGAACAGUUGAUGUUGAGAUGUGUCUGUGACUGGAACUCUGAAGCAUUUAUUUGGGCUGCAAUUUCUGAGGCUGGUAACUCUAAUAAACGUAUCCUCUGCAGCAGAGGUAACUCUGGGUCUUCCAUUCCUGUGGCGGUCUUUAUUAGAGCCAGUUUCAUCAUAGCGCUUGAUGGUUUUUGCGACUGCAUUUGAAGAAACUUUCAAAGUUCUUGACAUUUUCCGUAUUGACUGACGUACCUCUUUGCUUAUUUGAGCUGUUCUUGCCAUAAUAUGGACUUGGUCUUUUACCAAAUAGGGCUAUCUUCUGUAUACCCCCCCAUACCUUGUCACAACACAACUGAUUGGCUCAAACGCAUUAAGAAGGAAAGAAAUUCCACAAAUUAAUUUUUAAGAAGGCACACCUGUUAAUUGAAAUGCAUUCCAGGUGACUACCUCAUGAAGCUGGUUGAGAGAAUGCCAAGAGUGUGCAAAGCUGUCAUCAAGGCAAAGGGGUGGCUAUUUGAAGAAUCUCAAAUAUGAAAAAUAUUUUGUUUUGUUUAACACUUUUUGGUUACUACAUGAUUCAAUCUGUGUUAUUUCAUAGUUUUGACGUCUUCACUAUUAUUCUACAAUGUAAAAAAAAUUAAAAAUAAAGAAAAACCCUUGAGGUGUGUCCAAACUUUUGACUGGUAGUGUAUGUAUUUAAACAAGCAGCAAUGAGCUGUAUAGUUCAGUUCAGAUGUGUUGAUCGUUUAGUCCACCAGGUGGCAAACUAUGCAUAGUUUACGAGAGUAUAGUAAGGUAGGCAGAGUACUGCAGUUAUGUCUUUGAAGUGCAGAGCUAGGAUUUAAACCCAGUCCCAAUUUAAUUUCUCAUCAUUUUAAAGUUAAUGAGAUAAAUGCACAUAGGAUUAUCAAUUAAGGACAUGCAUGCACCAAGCAGAGUAUAGUGCUGCUAUUAAUUGAGGACAGUAAUAUAUAGUAGUUACCAUUCUGCCUGAUUUAAAAAAAGAUGUGGUUUAAACUAUCAUUUGAAGAAAAAUGCUAAGUGCUUGAUAGUUUUUAAUAAAACUUGAUCUUGAACGUAUUGCUAUUGACACUUGAUAAUAAAGAUUGUAUUUUCAAAUGGAUGUUUAAAAGUUACAAUUGUCCAGUCAUCAAUGUUGUGAAAUGUCUGAAAUGGUUGUGGCUAGUACAUGCCAGGAAUUGCAGACACCCACUCAAACGUUAUGGGUAAAGAAUGAUUUUAUUAGGAUCCCCAUUAGCCAAAGCCAAUGACGACAGCUAGUCUUACUGGGGUCCGACACAUAACGAAAAAGACAUUACAGACCAAAUAAAACAAUUUACAGACAUUUACAUGUAGUGUGUGAGUGUGUGUGCGUGCAUCUAUCAGUUACACAUAGUGCCUUCAGAAAGUAUUCACACACCCCUUGACUUAUUCCACAUUGUUGUGUUACAGCCUGAAUUCAAAAUUGAUGCACACAAUACCCCAUAAUGACAAAGUGAAUUUUUGCUGAUUUAUUCAAAGUCAAAUACAGAAAUAUCAACAUUACAUAAGUAUUCACACAACUGAGACAAAACUUUGUAGAAGCACCUUUGGUGGUGAUUACAGCUUUGAGUCGUCUUGGAUAGGUGUGUAUCAGCUUUGCAUCUGGAUUUGUGGAUUUUCUCCAAUUCAGAUUUUCUCAAGCUCUGUUAAGUUAGAUUGGGAGUGGCGGUGAACAGCAAUCUUCUCAGGAGUGGCUUCCGUCUGGCCACCCUCCCAUAAAGCCCAGAUUGGUGAAGUACUGUAGAGACUCGUCCUUCUGGCAGGUUCUCCCAUCUCAGCCAAGGAACUAUGUAGUUCCGUCACAAUGGUCAUUGUCUUCUUGGUCACCUCCCUGACCAAGGUCCUUCUCGUCCAUUUGCUCAGUUUGGUUGGACAGCUAGCUCUAGGAAGAGUCUGGGUAGUUCCAUAUUUUUUCCAUUUCCCAAUGAUGGGACCACUGUGCUCUUGGAAACUUUCAACACUCUAGAAAUUGUUGUAUUCCUUUCCUCUGAUAUAUGCCUCAUCACAAUUCUAUCUCGAAGCUCUACGAACAGUUCCUUAAAAUUCAUGUUAUAGUUUCUGCUCUGACAUGCACUAUCAACUAUGGGACCUUAUAUAGACAGGUGUGUUUCUUUCUAAACCAUGUCCAAACAAUUUAAUUGGCCACAGGUGGACUCCAAUCAAGUUGUAGCGACAUCCCAAGGAUGAUCAAAGGAAAUUGCAUGCACCCGAGCUCAAUUUGGAGUGGCAUAGCAAAGGGGUGUGAAUACUUAUGUAAAUUAGAUAUUUAUUUAUUUAAUUUUCAAUAAAUGUGCAAAAAUGUCUAAAAACAUGUUUUCUCUUUGUCAUUAUGGGGUGUUGUGUGUAGAUGGGUGAAAAUCAAUUUAAUCAAUUUUGAAUUCAGGCUGUAACACAACAAAAUGUGGAAUAAGUCAAUGUCAGUACAUGCACACAACAAGUAGGUCACAUGGGGGAGAGGCGUUGUGCCAUGAAGUGUUGCUUUAUUCAUUUUUUGAAACCAGGUAUGCUGUUCACUUGCGCUAUAUGAGAUGGAAUGGAGUUCCAUGCAAUCAUGGCUGUCUAAUACUGUAAGUUUCCUUGAUUUUUUUCUGAACCUGGGGACUGUGAAAAGACCACUGGUGGCAUGUCUGGUGGGGUAAAUGUGUGUGUCAGUGCUGUGUGUAAGUUGACUGUGCAAACAAUUAGAAAACGUAUAAAAAUCCAAUUUAGUUAUUUUUCUAUUUAAAAAGUGUGAUUUUGAGAGCGAAAACCUGAAAAAAGAGGGGGAAACAGAAACCUGGAAAAACUAAACAGAGAACUGAAUUUCUGAAUAAAUAAAAAACCGACAUCACCGAAAACAUUUCAUAGAUUUUAUAGGGCCCUAUAGGGCCCUACAGGGUUAUCAGGGAAAACAUUGGCUAGAUAGAUAACUUGAGUCCUCUUACAUGCCGUACUAAAGUUAAAAGGAAUGGGAUUGGUGUAUACAUGGGCGAGAGAGAGUUUCCUUCUACCAUAUGUUUUGCACCAGUCUCUGCACUAUUCUUUUUAAAUCCAAGUCACAUUGAGACUGACUUCUAAGUCCAUUUAGUGGCAUAAUGAAUGGAGCAAUGUAACAUUUUCUUGUGUGUUGUAACUUGGGGGUUACCCCUAUAGCCCUCAGGUUUUUUUUAUUUAAACCUAACCUGAUCUAUGACCUGACCCAUCACCUUAUGUAUAACUGCCCUACAGUGGCAAGAAGUGACAUCCCAAAAAACACACAAAUAACUACACAAAACAAAUGGCUCCUAGCCUUCUUCUAUCCCUAACACUAAAACUGAAACAAAAUAUAAAUAUAAAAACGAAAUACAAAUAUUUUUAUACAACUCAAACUACAAUGAACAAAAAUAUAAACGCAACAUAUAAAGUAUUGGUCCCAUGUUUCAUGAGCUGAAAUAAAAGAUCCCAGAAAUUAUCCACACGCACAAAAGGCUUAUUUGUCUCAAAUGUUGUGCACACAUUUGUUUACAUCCCUGUUUGUGAGCAUUCUCCUUUGCCAAGAUAAUCCAUUCACCUGACAGGUGUUGCAUACACUACAUGACCAAAAGUAUGUGGACACCGGCUCGUCGAACAUCUCAUUCCAAAAUCAUGGACAUUAAUAUGGAGUUGGUCCCCUCUUUGCUGCUAUAACAGCCUCCACUCUUCUGGGAAGGCUUUCCACUAGAUGUUGGAAAAUUGCUGUGGGGACUUGGUUCCAUUCAGCCACAAGGUCGGGCACUUAUGUUGGGCGAUUAGGCCUGGCUCGCAGUCGGCUUUCCAAUUCAUCCCAAAGGUGUUUGAUGGGGUUGAGGUCAGGGCUCUGUGCAGGCCAGUCAAGUUCUUCCACACCGAUCUCAAUAAACCAUUUCUGUAUGGACCUCGCUUUGUGCACGGGGGCAUUGUCAUGCCGAAACAGGAAAGGGCUUUCCCCAAACUGUUGCCACAAAGUUGGAAACACAGAAUCAUCUAGAAUGUCAUUGUAUGCUGUAGCAUUAAGAUUUCCCUUCACUGGAACUAAGGGGCCUAGCCCGAACCAUGAAAAACAGCCCCAGACCAUUAUUCCUCCUCCACCAAAUUUUACAAUUGGCACUAUGCAUUCGGGCAGGUAGCGUUCUCCUGGCAUCCGCAAAUGAAUAUUUGUCCAUCAGACUGCCAGAUGGUGAAGCGUGAUUCAUCACUACAAAGAGCGCGUUUCUACUGCUCCAGAGUCCAAUGGCGACGAGCUUUACACCACUCCAGCCGGCGCUUGGCAUUGCACAUGGUGAUCUUAGUCUUGUGUGAGGCUGCUCGGCAAUGGAAACCCCAUUUCAUUAAGCUCCCGAAGAAACAGUUAUUGUGCUUGUGUUUUUUUACAUGCUACACGCUACAGCACUCGGCGGUCCCGUUCUGUGAGCUUGUAUGGCCUACCACUUAGCGGCUGAGCCGUUGUUGCUCCUAGAUGUUUCAGUUUCACAAUAACAGCACUUACAGCUGACCGGGGCAGCUCUAACAGGGCAGAAAUUUGACAAACUGACUUGUAGGAAAGGUGGCAAAAAAAUUAUAAAUGUAUGCACUCACUAACUCUAUGUCGCUCUGGAUAAGAGCGUCUGCUAAAUGACUAAAAUGUAAAAUGUAAAAAAUGUGGCAUCCUAUGACGGUGCCACGUUGAAAGUCACUGAGCUCUUUAGUAAGGCCAUUCUACUGCCAAUGUUUGUUUAUGGAGAUUGCAUGGAUCUGUGCUCGAUUUUAUACACCUGUCAGCAAUGGGUGUGGCUGAAAUAGCCGAAUCCACUCAUUUGAAGGGGUGUUCACAUACUUUUGUAUAUACAGUGCAUUCAGAAAGUAUUCAGUCCCCUUCCCUUUUUCCACAUUUUGUUACGUUACAUCCUUAUUCUAAAAUGGAUUUAAUUAAUUAAUUUCCUCAUCAAUCUACACACAAUACCCCAUAAUGACAAAGCAAAAACUGAUUUUUAGAAAUUUGUGCAAAUGUAUUACAAAUAAAAAACUGAAAUAACUUAUUUACAUAAGUAUUCAGACCCUUUGCUAUGAGACUCGAAAUUGAGCUCAGAUGCAUCCUGUUUCCAUUGAUCAUCCUUGAGAUGUUUCUACAACUUGAUUGGAGUCCACCUGUGAACAAUUUAAUUGAUUGGAUAUGAUUUGGAAAGGCACACACCUGUCUAUAUAAGGUCCCACAGUUGACAGUGCAUGUCAGAGCAAAAUCAAAGGAAUUUUCGGUAGAGCUCCGAGACAGGAUUGUGUCGAGGCACAGAUCUGGGGAAGGGUACCAAAACAUUUCUGCAGCAUUGAAGGUCCCCAAGAACACAGUGGCCUCCAUCAUUCUUAAAUGGAAGAAGUUUGGAACCACCAAGACUCUUCCUAGAGCUGGCCGCCCGGCCAAAGAGAAGGGCCUUGGUCAGGAAGGUGACCAAGAACCCGAUGGUCACUCUGACAGAGCCCUAGAGUUCCUCUGUGGAGAUGGGAGAACCUUCCAGAAGGACAACCUUGCAGCAUUCCACCAAUCAGGCCUUUAUGGUAGAGUGGCCAGAUGGAAGCCACUCCUCAGUAAAAGGCACAUGACAGCCUGCUUGGAGUUUGCCAAAAGGCACCUAAAGACUUUCAGACCAUGAGAAACAAGAUUGUCUGGUCUGAUGAAACAAAGAUUGAACUCUUUGGCCUGAAUGCCAAGCGUUACGUCUGGAGGAAACCUGGCACCAUCCCUAUGGUGAAGCAUGGUGGUGGCAGCAUCAUGCUGUGGGGAUGUUUUUCAGCGGCAGGGACUGCGAGACUAGUCAAGAUCAAGGCAAACAUGAACGGAUUAAAGUACAGAAAGAUCCUUGAUGAAAACCUGCUCCAGAGCGCUCAGGACCUCAGACUGGUUGUGAAGGUUCACCUUCCAACAGGACAACGACCCUAAGCACACAGCCAAGAACGCAGGACUGGCUUCGGGACAAGUCUCUGAAUGUCCUUGAGUGGCCCAGCCAGAGCCCGGACAUCUCUGAAGAGACCUGGAAAUAGCUGUGCAGCAAUGCUCCCCAUCCAGCCUGACAGAGCUUGAGAGGAUCUGCAGAGAAGAAUGGGAGAAACUCCCCAAAUACAGGUGUGCCAAGCUUGUAGCAUCAUACCCAAGAAGACUCAAGGCUGUAAUCGCUGCCAAAGGUGCUUCAACAAAGUACUGAGUAAAGGGUCUGAAUACUUAUGUAAAUGUGAUAUUUCAGUUUUGUUUAAAUAUAAAUUAGAACACAUUUCUAAAAACCUAUUUUGGCUUUGUCAUUAUGGGGUAUUGUGUGUAGAUUGAUGAGGAUAUUUUUUUUUUUUAAUCAAUUUUAGAAUAAGGCUGCAACCUAACAAAAUGUGGAAAAAGUCAAGGGGUCUGAAUACUUUCCGAAGGCACUGUAUACCGUAUGUCCAUAAGACCUGGCUUUGAAAAGGAAAAUAGCAAAUACCCCAAAGAUUUAAGCUGGUGAAUAUAAUAAUAAUAUGCCAUUUAGCAGACGCUUUUAUCCAAAGCGACUUACAGUCAUGCGUGCAUACAUUUUUUUUGUGUAUGGGUGGUCCCGGGGAUCGAACCCACUACCUUGGCGUUACAAGCGCCGUGCUCUACCAGCUGAGCUACAGAGGACCACAUGCACACAUGCAUGUAACAGAGGUGGUUUGAUGACCACACUCACAUUAUGUGUAACCUUUACUGAGACAUGAGGAGUUGCAUUGGCUCCCUGAGCUAAUGCCUAAGCUUUGGGUUAAUGCGCUUUUUUGGCACGCAGGAGACCCAGGAUAACACAUGAUCGGUCAUGCGCAUACAGACACACAUGUGACUUUUCAUAAGGCAUGGACUUUGACCUAUCAUAAAGUUUGAUCUGUUCUCAGUAAGACAGAGACUGUGUUUACACAAGAAGCCCAAUUCUGAUAUUUCUUCCACUAAUUGGUCUUUUGACCAAUCAGAUCAGCUCUGAAAAAGAUCUGAUAUGAUUGGUCAAAAGACCAAUUAGUGGAAAAAGGGUCAAAAUUGGGCUGCCUGUGUAAACACAGCCAGAGUCACUUGUACACAUUAACAUUGGAAUUACAUUUGUUUUUUCCCAGAGGCAAUUGGGAGAGAAAAAGAAGGAAUCCAAACAGAGAAUCCAGAAGAGACAGAAAGAGAUGCAGGAGGUGAGACAGGCUGUGAAAUCACUCAAGGUGAGUGUUGUUGACCAUUUACAUGUAUUUACUUGGCAGAUAGUCCUCUCUAAAGUAACUUACUUCUCCUAAAGUAAACUACAGUAAAACUGAAGCCAGUAAGGAACCCAGUGCUGGGUCAUGUUCCAAUCCCACUGAGCCCCACUGUGGAGAACAGGUUGUCUGGGGUUCUGGUGAGAGCUGAGUGAAUGGGCUGGUUGAUAUGAAACCCCUCCUCUCUUUCUGUGUUUCCUAACAGUGCUCUGCACAAGCAGCAGUGGAGGACAGUGAGAGGAUCUUUACUGAGCUGAUCCACUCCGUUGACAGAAGGCGCUCUGAGGUGAAAGAGCUGAUCAGAUCCCAGGAGAAGGCUGAAGUGAGUCGGGCUGAAGGACUGCUGAAGCAACUGGACCAGGAGAUGGCUGAGCUGAGGAGGAGAGAUACAGAGCUGGAGAAGCUCUCAAACACAGAAGGCAACAUCCAAUUCCUCCAG